AUGCUGCCGCGGGAGAAACUGCUGUGGGUCGGUUCUUUGUUAUUGGGAUUUGGUGCUGCCGCGGGAGAGACUGCUGUGGAUAGUUUCUUUGCUAAUGGGAUUUUUGUGCUGCCGCGGGAGAAACUGCUGUGGCCGGAAGAAGGAUUGAUACUGGAAUACUAUGCUGAGGAGUUACCGCUAGAGGAUUUGUCGAGACUGGAGGCGGAUUACAACGGCGAGAUGGUGUUCCGCGUCGCCGAAGAUAGGCGGGGCGACAAUCAAACACAGAAAUAG